AAAAUCUAAAAAUCGGUCCAACACCAUCUUACACCCCUUUUGACCGGCUUUGCUAAAAGGGAUACAAUUUUUCUUCUUAAAACUUAUAAAUCAAGAAAAAAAAUACAUAAAAAUAGUAACUUAAUCAGCUCUGCAAUAUGGAAAACGAACAAGACAUUAUAGAAUCCUUGCAAGCUGUUGGAUACAAAGGUAAAUGCUUGCAAGUCGAUGUUAUAACCGAGGCCAUUAAAAUUGGAACGAAAUCAGAAGCAUUUCGCGAAGUGGUUGGUUGGAUUGCAUUUGAAUUGCAUAUUUUGCGAAAAACCGAUGAAAAAGUGGAUAAAGAUACUAAGGAUUUCAACGAAUUUUGCAUGGAAUUAUCGGCGAUGUUGAAAGAGUUGGGUUGUCCUUUUAAGAAAUUUGUAACUGGACCAUUAUCGAGUCGAUUCCAGAAUACGAACGAUAGAAUACAGCUGCUGGAGUACCUUAUUACUGAACUAAUGACUUCUAAAAUGUGUCUAAAACAAAGACCUCAAGAAGAUAAAUCGUUUAUUAUUCCCAAAUUUGAAACUAACACUGCUCGGGCUUUGGAAAUUAUAACAAAAGAUCUCGGAUUGGAGAAACCUCCAGAUAACAUUGCACCUCGGGCUCUUAUGGAUAAACUUAACUUCAAGCUUGAAGAAGCUAAACGAAAUACAAAUAAAUUGCUUUUAAAUGAUUCAUUGCUUAAAUCGGACAAGCAACUGAACGCAGCACAAUGGAAGAAGUUGGAGGACUUACAAAAAAGUCUCGACGAAGAGUAUAAUCUGCGUAGGCAAGUUCUAUUGACUCGUUUAGAAGUGACGGUGCAAUCGUUCCAGUGGUCAGACCGUAUGCGUGGAAAGGAGACCAUAAUUGCCAAAAAUUAUCAAAACAAAAUGAAGGAACUAGACAAUUAUCGAGUUGGUGGAACAGACACGGAUAUCGUCGCCUUACUGGCAGCCCGAGCUGACUUAGCCAUAAUUGAAAAGACCAGCAGUGCAAACGUAAGAAAAAAUACAGGUUCCAAGAUACAGAAACAUGUUAUCGGUAACGUACCCGACCGAGGAGGUAGAGCUAACGAGCAUGCUCCUCCGCCUCCAGAAAUGCCGUCAUGGCAAACGCAACGCUCGGCUGGCCCAGCUGGCGGUGGCCGCGGGGGACGCGGUGGUGGCUUCAGCGGUGGUCGAGGUGGUGGUGGAGGUGGAGGAGGUCGUGGUGGCGGUGGUAGUGGUGGAAGUAGUAAUUGGACGCCGUAUAACAACAAUAGCGGUGGCGGUAAUUUCAACCAAGGUGGUGGCAAUAACUUCCAAUCAAAUUCCAGCGGAGGAGGAAACUUUGGGCAAUCUAAUUCUGGAAACAACUGGAUGACUGGGACAGGCCGUGUACAAGGAACUGGCUGGCAACCGAGAGAUCAAUCCAACAACAAUUACAAUAAUUCUGGACGAAGUAGCUUCUCUAAUAAUUCUGGAUUCUCGAACGACUUUAAUAAUUCGUUUGGCAAUCAGAAUCAAAAUAAUCAAUACGGCGGAGGUGGUGGCGGCGGUGGUUCCAACUUUAAUAGAGGCAGGUCCAACUAUAAUAGAGGUGGUGGCGGCGGAGGAUACAGAAAUAACUAGACUGAUACAUUAAAGAAACGCUGUUAUUUUCUUGAGAUUACACAAAGUCAAAUAAUUAUACAGUUGUAAUUAUUUCUUCUCAUUUUAAUAUUUUCAAAUAAUGUACUCCUAAUCAAUUUUGAGUAACGAAUAAAAUAAAUUAAAACGA